CAUUAGUAGCCAUUGUUGGUGAUACUUGUGUAUUUCUUGGAUUUUAUUCAAUUUUUAGAACGAUCUAGAGAAUAUAAUUGACUUAUUUUGUUGUUAUUGGUGAUUGAUAAUACUUUGCACGUUUAAAAAAAAACAUGUCUACUAAUGUUGGAGCAACGGAUUCAAUGUCCAUAGAAGAGACGAAUAAACUUCGUGUUUCACUAGGUUUAAAACCCUUGGACGUAUCAGGUGAUUCUCGACCGAGUGAACCGGAUAAAAAGGAACAAGCCGGCUCUUCGCUUGACCAAGAGGCCAUAGCUCUUCAGAAUUGGAAGGAAGAAGAAGAGAAAAAGAGCAAUGAAAGAAAACAACAGGAAUUUACAUCUAGAAUUCAAAGUAUACGAGAAAAGAAUGAUCAGCGACGUCGCGUGCAAGGAAAAUCUUUGGCUGAUAUUCUCGCUACAGAAGAAGAAGAAGAAGCACAAUCAGACGAUACUCGCUCUUGGGUCCUAAAGAUGAGAGCAAAAGCAUUAGAGAAGCGCACGAGCGAAAGCUCUGGACCCAAAGAAACACCGAGGCCAGUCAAAAAGAAACCCACAAAGGAACUCCCCAACGGACCAGACACUUCAUUAGAAGGAAUGCGCAUAGCUCAUGAACUUCAGAAAUUGAAUUCUGAGAACGGUUUAACAUUAACGCUUCGCGAUUCCGACAUUUUGGAAAGCAAUGAUGGGGAUUUAUUAGAAAGCAAUGAGAUUGCCCAACAAGAGGCCCUUUCCAAAAAGUUAGAAGAACAAAAGGCGAAUGCCGGGUAUAAGCCUUAUGAAGACGAAGAAGAAGUUUAUAACGAUUCUGCACCAAAGAAAGAUGGAACAGAAGGAAUAACUAUUAUCGGAGAGAACAAUGCUUUAUUUCAAGGAAAAGAUGCAAGAGAGGAGGAAAGUUCGGUCCCAAAUCGAGGCAUUCGAAUUUCGCUUUCAGAAACUACUUCUUCAAUUCCUGAAGUUUCAGACUAUCGGGAUAUCAAGAUAAAAAAAAGUAAGAAAAACCGAUCUAGAGAAGAUAGAAGGAAGCGGAAAUUUGACGACCUUAAUGAUGAUGAAUUUCAGUCAACCACCACAACAGAAGACAAUGUAUCUGAAGCGCAAAAUUCAACCUUCACUGCUCAAGAAAAACAGGAGAAUAUUAAGAAAAAGAUUCAAGGAUUGAAUAGUCAGUCAGUCGUUGAAGAUGAUGAUUUACAAGAAGUUUUGGCUUUACAAAGAAGAACUGCUCAAAAAAGGGCAAGGAGCUUACGACCUGAACAAAUUGCAGAGCAUGUUCAAAACCAAAACAAUGUAGAAGAGGAGGAAAAGGAAGAUGAGAAUGAUACUAGAGGAAUGAUAAUUGAUGAUACUCGCUCUUUCGUUGAUUCUCUUCAGCAAGUAAAUGAUACAGAGUCUUCUGUCUCACUUAAAGAGAAGGAAAGCGAACAAAUUUCUGAGAAUCCAUAUACUGUCACGAUCCCAACAAAUGUUGAAUCCAGCAAUGAUAUCCCUGUACAAGAGGAACCCAUUGUACAAAAUACUGAACCCCAGUCAACAACGGAUAAGGUAACUGACGUUCUCGAAGAUGAACCGCUUGUUUCUGGUGGUGUUGGCACGGUGUUGAAUAUCCUCAAAAACAAAGGUGUCGUUAAGGUUUCUGCAGAAGCUCAAGAAAAGAUUCGCAAAGAAGAUGAAUAUAACAGAUGGUUUGCGAAAAAACAGAGUGCACGACGGAAGCUUGAAGAACAACGAAGGCUUCAGAAAGAGCAAGAUCGUGCUAGUGGAAAAUUGAACCAUAUGACUCAAAAAGAGCGUGAACAGUAUGCCAAACGAGAGAAUGAAAAAUGGGAUCGUCUAAUUGCCAAGGUUGAAAUGGAGCAGUUCCAAGACUACAAACCUCAGGUGAACAUUCGCUACGUUGACGAAUUUGGAGUUGAAUUGGGACCAAAGGAGGCAUACAAAUACUUAUUAUCUCAUCAGUUCCAUGGAAAAGGAUCUGGAAAAGCAAAGACUGAAAAGCGGUUACGAAAGAUUGAAGACAUGAAAAAACAAGAGAGAAAGCCGAUAUUUGAAUGAUGAAGGACAUGGUUUUAUGUAUAUGUAAUUUAAUUAUAUGUAGUAAUCAAUAAAUGUCAUCAUCAGAGGUUGUAUUUUUUCGUCACUUCUAGCGGUAGGCAAAAUCGUGCGUCUACUGGUUUCAAAUCUGGGUAUUGUAAUAAGGACAAGGCGGUUAAGGAAAAGCAUGUGUGAUACACAUCUGGAACGUCUUCUCUACGAUCAGAAAACCCACCUGUCUCUUGAUCUUGAGCACUUAGAAUAAAACGUAUUAAGUCAUUUCUGUCUAUCCACUCAAGCUUUUUAAUGAUCGCCAAUGGGGAUAACACCCACCAUCCAUAACAAGUCUAAAAGUUAACGAGUGAAAAGUAAAAGUGAAAGCUUUCACACUUACAUCUGGGAGCUUUUCAGGACGACCAUUCAGCCCUCCAUUUUUCGUUUGUCGUUCACUGAGCCACCAGCCCAGUAAGUCUUGGUCAAUUCUGUCUAGUUGCUCCAAUAUAGCAAGAGAAGCUACACAUGUAAAAACUGAAGAGAAGUUAGAAUAUGACAAGAAACUUCAGGUAAUUUGAAGAUAAUGAUUAUACCAUAAGCAGCAUGUGUUUCAGCUCCAGGGCAUAGACCAAAACCACCGUCAAAGUUGCGGCACUUGAGAAUCCAAUCGACUGCGGCUGACUGGUUCAACAUAUCUAGUCGACCUAGAAGUGCCAAACAAUUAAUGCCAGCGUAAAGAAAACGAGCAUCGGUUUCGCCCCAUCGGUCACCUUUCAUAGAUCCGUCUUCAUUUUGCAAGCUAACAAUAUCUUUUAAAAAGCAGGUUAGAUAUCUACCAAAAAAGAUUAUCCGUACAAGAAGCUACUUUUUCCUUAUUGAUUCUGUCUAGUG